GUAGCAUUGUUUAGUGCUUAUAAAGUGUAGUGAUUGUUUAAAGCAUUUUAUACAGAAUUGUAAAAAUGUCAGACACCGAACAGAAAGAGGCAAUAGCCGCGCGUGGUCGCGCCAAAGGGUCAAUUACACGUUUAAAAAACAGCUUUGACCGAGAAGCGCUCAUAAAUUCGCCGAUAGAGUUAGUGCUAGCAAAGAAAACUAGGCUUCUAGAGACCUUUCGUGAAUAUGAGCGCCUCACUAGCAAGGUUGCCUCGCUUUUUUCCUCCCCACCAGCUACUCUCGCCACCGAUGACGAGGAGGUUGAAGACAACUACAUUUUAUUGUUAGCACAGCUAGAAAGUAUAAUAAAUGUCAUCCGCCUGAGAGACAACCCUCCUCAAGCGAGCCCUAGCGUAAGUGUCAAGUCGGAGAACCUCAAGCUGCCUCGAGUCGUCAUAAAAACAUUCACAGUUGUCAAACAGCAUCUUGCUGCUCUGCAAAACCUGGGUGAGCCGGUAGAUAAGUGGGAUGCCAUAAUCAUUUGCAUCCUAUCUAAGAAGAUUGACCUGCCUACCUACAGAGCAUUUCAACUGGAGCGAGAUAAUAAUGUGUCGCCCACGGUAAAAGAAUUCCUAGGUUACGUGGAAAAACGUGCCCUAGCAUUUGAAAACACUGACGUCCAGAAGGGGCCUUCGCAGAGCUUUGUCAGCCGUCCUGUGGCUGCAGAAGCAAAGCUGUCAGCGCAUCAGCCUCAGCGGCAAUGUUUAUACUCCUAUCGUGACUGCGGGCACUGCAAGUACUUCCGCACCGAGCCUUACAACCUCGAGUGCUGCAGCUUCGAGUACUUCAAUAGCAUGCGCCGCUACGCCACAAGGCCCGACCCUAGUGCAGACAUCAUUUGGCGUGAUCAUCGGUGGUCGAAUGCAGCUACCUGCAAGAAAAAAGUCCAAGCAGAAUAUUCACCUCUGCCCACCGAGCUACCUGAACUGAAAGCUGAUCAUACCAACUGA